AUGAAUUUUGAAACUUGUGCUGCCGUUAUUGAUGUUCUUGAGGCCGCACUUACAUCACCAAUCGGUUUAGCGCUCGAAAAUCAACAGAACUCACUUAAUUGUAGACUUCCAUUUUCAGAAAAAUACUUUACUGUAAUUGAUAAUUUAAAUAACAAUAAAUACAACUCACCGGAAAGCUUUUUGAAAGAGUUUAAUGAAGCUAUUGACGAAACAGUAACUUCAAAUAACGAUGAGUCAGAUUUAACACUUGCAAUUCAAUCAUUUCAGCAGUUCGUCAAUGAAGAGUUGGACAAACUGUUCAAAUAUGACGGAAUUGCAUAUAGAUCACAUACGCAACACUACAUUUCAGAUAUUAGGAACAAUUUAUCAAUUAUUCCAAAUGAUAUUUCAGAAUUCGCUUCUUACGUUAAUUCUAUGCAACAUCCUAAGGAGCAACCAUUAGAUUAUGUUUACAAUGAUGAUAGCGAUAUACAGGACUACGAACCCGAGGAUCAUGAGUUAUUAUCAAUUAAAAAUCAAUUAAUGCGCUUGAAGAACGAUGAAAACUUACAAGAAAUUGGAAAGAUGGUUAGAGCAUGUGAAGAAACGGUAAUUGUUGCACCAAAUGGCACGAUUGGCUUUGAUUUAUUCAAAUGCAGCAAAUAUACCAUUAAACUGAUCCAAGGAAUGCUUGCAACCAUGUAA